AUGGUACCUCUUGCUGCCAAAGGCUUCUCCUGCCCUACAGCUAGGUUUCCACCCAGGUGUGACACACCCAGAAGGGAAAGGGCUGGGCGAGUCGCCUGCAGGCAGACCGCGAGCCAGAACUUUGGGUCCUCACGGAGCACGCCUGCUCGCCCGAUGCCUUUCUUGUCGACCGAGCGGGUUGAGGCUCGCUUCCUGCCAGCCUGGUUCAGCUGUGUGGCCGCAGAUUGGCUACAAGGACCUUACCUGUACGCGCUGUUUGCCGACAGGGGGCUUAGCAGCCUGGCUAUCGCCAAGCUCUUUGCCAUUGGCUUCGUUGCUUCGGCAGCGCUGGGAUCCGUGGCUGGGCGGCUCUGCGACCGGAUUGGCACAAGAUGUGGCUGUCAGCUGUACUGCGCUUGUGCGGGACUUUCUUGCCUCCUCAUGCAUAGCGCCGCACUGCCCAUCUUGGCCUUCAGUCGGGUCUUGGGCGGGAUCUCGGAUUCUUUGCUUUACACAGCCUUCGAGGCAUGGGCGAUUGAGGAGCACAAGUGCCAGCCUUUCUCUACUGAUGCUGGUUUGCGGCGGCUCCUGUCGCACAGGGAGGCGGUGUGCGUGGGUGUUCGGCUGCGUCCAUUUGUCGCCUAUGAAUCUGGGCAAGAGCAGUGCCUCACGAUCGAGGACAACAUCGUUCAUGUCGACCCAAUGGUUGCCGAGCAAUCCCAAAAAGCUAAGGUGCUCGAGUUCGCCUUCGACUGCGCCAUGGACAGCACGAAUCCCAACGCACGAAGCUACGUGUCCCAGGAUAAGUGCUAUCAGAUGAUGGCGAAAAGGAUGGUGGACCACGUCCUUGGAGGCUACUUCAGUUGCCUUUUUUGCUAUGGACAGACCGGCACCGGUAAGACCACCACCAUUAUGGGAAAGGUGGAGCCGGUCUCAGAGCAGGGCCUACUGCUCCGACUGAUGAAUGACCUUUUUGCAGAGAUGGCUGAGCUGCAAAGUCAAGGCUGCGAGGUGCACUGCAAAGUCCAGAUGUUGGAGGUUUACAAUGAGAAAAUUAAAGACCUCCUGGUCCCCAUGAGUGGCAAAGAUGGAAAGCAUCGCCCUCACCCUGAGGUACACGUACAUCCAAAGUUGGGAGUGUACGUGAAGGGUGUCGCAGACGAGCCGGUGGAGUCCUUUGAGAACUGCGUGCAGCUCAUCGAGUAUGGGAAUACCAUGAAGACGGUGGCGGCCACAGCGAUGAAUGCCAAGAGCUCACGCGCACACACGAUCUUCAAGCUUAUGGUCGAAAAGCGUGGGGGAGGCGACACUACCAUCGUGACGUCUGAAGCCUUCUUCGUGGAUCUGGCAGGCAGAGAGAACGAGAAAACCACAAAAGUCUCGGGCGAAAGGUUGGUGGAGCUGACCUUCAUCAAUCAAAGCCUGAUGUGGUUGGCAAGCUGCAUACAAGCCCUGGCCAAGCCAGACACAAGGAAGUCUAUGAGCGCCGCAGCAUCCGGGCACGCCAUGAUGUCCAGAUUUCGGAAUUCCAAACUGACCCUGUUGCUGUCCAACGCACUGAGCGGGAAUUCCAAGACUUCCAUGAUCGGCACGCUGAGCCCCGCUUUAGCCAACUUCGAGGAGAGCUACAGCACGCUAACCUUUGCAUCCACAGUCAAGAACAUCAAGAUCAAGGCAAAGCCAGCGACCGCUGUGGACAAGGAUGCCUUGGUGAAAACCCUGCAAGAGGAGCUGCACUCCUUGAAGGAGCAACUCGCAGAGGCCCAGGAGAAGGUCCAUGCAGACACAUUGACGGAUAAGUUGGAGGCCACAGAGGCCUUGGUGGAGCGAUACAGGAAAGGAUGGAACGAAGCCUCCAGUGAGGCGAAGCGGCUCAUGUCCCAGCGCGGGGCUGCUCUGGAGAAGCUUGGAGCACCCCGCUGGAGCUGGGCCAUGAACCAUGUGCUCAUGGCGAACAAGGUGCAGCAACGCCAAGUCCCACACCUCUCCAACUACUCCGAAGAUCCGCAUAUGCGGGGCCGGCUGAUGUUCCAUCCAGCGCAGCCGCAUCGUGAGUACUCUCUUGGCUACAACCAGAACGAGUGCGACUUCUUGGUUCCGCAUGGCCUAGGCAUCCAGCAGAUCACUUGCUUCAUCCGGAAGGACAGCGAAGGCCGCUUAUUCCUCCGACCAGCGGCACAGUCAGACAGGAGCAGCAGCAGUAGUGAGGAGGAGUGGCAUCCCACCAAGAAGGCGGAUGGCGCAAUCUCCAGCAUUGAGGUGAACGGUGUUCAGCUGAAGACACUUCAAGAAGUGCAGCUGCAGCAUUUGGACUGCGUUGUUCUCGGCCGCUCCGUCAUGCUGUACGCUUUCACCAAGCCCGGAAGCGACAUCCAUUCUCUUCCAGCGGACAAAGCUGUGGGGCGACCUUCGCAGCAGGAGUCUCUGAUCCUGGAGAUUCUGGGGAUGGACCGAGCUGAGCAGCCGGGUCAGCUUCAGAUGGCGCUGAAGUACAUGUCCGAGCUGAAGAGCCACAACCUGGAUAGUGACGGAGCGACGUCCGUCCAGGAGUUCCUGCUCAUGGCCCAAAAGGCAGCCACCAUGGUGGAGGAGGCGAAUCAGAUCACCGCCGAGGUCAAGCCAGGUGGACAGACAAACCUUAAGUUCGAACUCUGCACCAUCGCACCUAUCUUGGCCUUGGGGUACGGUCGUUCCCUGUGCCCAGAACUGUCGGUCCGACUCGUGCGACAGAUGUCACCCAGCCAGGCGAAAGCCAAAGCCUCUGCAAUAAGUGCACGGCGAGCGUCCCUGCAUUCUAGCGAGAUCCUCUUGGAACAGUUUUCGUCUGGAGCUGGCGGGGUGGGAACAGAUGAGGUGGAGGUGCUGUACAAUUGGACCUUCGAGAAGUUCUGUUCCCGUCUACAGAUUAUGCAGGAGGUUUGGCAAGCACAUUCCGAAGACCCUGAGAACUUUGAUCUGGAUGAGUUUAACCACCCUUGGUCAGAGCAGGGCCCAAGCGAGUUGGCAGAGCUUAGGCAACGAUACGACAGCUUGCGGGAAAGCAUCGUUUCGGCUAGCCCGAAGAACAUGACUGAUCCACAGGCUGCCAUGCAAUCACCAAGGAGCACUUUUGGGCCACAUGGCAUGCGGAAGCAGAAUGAGAGGCUUGAGGAAGAAAACCAAAGGCUAAGGCAGCAGGUGAGUGAGCUGAGCAAUUCAUUGAUGCUGCACUCUCGGCUGGGUCAAGUUCCCCAGACUGGGAACAACGCCGUGCGUGUCAACCAGGCUUCAUUUCCCGCGGACCACACGCCAGAUUCAAUCAAAGGUAUCCUGGACUUAUCCAAAACGAACUUGCUUCUGGUGCUUGACUUGUUUGAUACCCUCUCCCGGCUCAGCAGCAGCAUGUUGAAUGCCUCAGCUGCAUGCCUGAAGACCACACCUGACGGCAGCUCUGUUGGCGGCACUGCUGUGGAUGAGGCACGAAGACGUUUGGCCGAAGCCUCCUCGGACUUGGCCAACUUCUUUGCGGAGACAUCGCCGAACUUGGGCCCGGUAGGUGUCGAUUCCAUCAAGGAUGUAUCAUACUCCACGUAUUCCACUUCCUCUUCUCCAAGUGCUCAAGUCCCACAACGUGUCCUGCCUGUCGGGGCUGUCGGGUCUGUCGGGGGCCCCAUUGUCGCCUCGACGCCUUGGGUGCGGGGACCCGUUGUCCCCAGCGUGAGCCCCAGGCUGGGGAGUGGCAGCGGCAUUGAUAAUGAAACGGGGCAAGUGAGCAAGCGAGCUGCAUUGAGCAUUUUGCAAUCCAGGCCCUUCCAGCACUCUUGCAUGUGGUCUGGAAGCUGGCUGAUCGCAGUCCUCUCCGGCAUCGUGGGCAAUACCGUUGUCAGUGCGAUUCCAACCACGCAUCACGAAGUCAGGCUUGACAACUGGAAGCUGAACACAAGUGUGGCCAUGGGAGGGCCGGCUGCAGCUUUUGAUCUGGCAGCCAUCUUCUGCUUGAUUGGCGCCCUCCUCAUCUCUGUCCUUUGGCAGCCUCGGGUGCCUGGCGAAAGGUCGACGAAGCCGUCAAGUCGGCCUGGAAGACCGCAGAGGUCUCGAGCCUUCCUGCGCCUCCAAAGAGCUGUUCGUGACGCAGCUGCUUCCUGGAUAGAGGGGCUCCGGCAGGUGCAUGCAGCAAUCACAGCUGACACAUCAGUGAUUCUGUACGGCGCUGUUACAGCCGCCUUUGAAGGGGCUUUAUUUGUGUUUGUCUUCAGUUGGACCCCGGUGCUCCUUGCCGCUACACCGUCUUUAGCUACGCAUCUGGGGUUGGUUUUCUCGGCCUUCAUGGCCUCCUGCGCUUGUGGCUCCUGGUGCUUCAACUUCUUGUCCGCGAGGUGGAGCCCGGAGCGGCUCCUGCAGCCGCUCCUCACUCUUGCAGCGCUGACGCUACUUGCGGCGGCAUAUGCAGCCAAGAUGCAGUCCGUACUGCUGGCAUUGGCUUCGUUCGUGCUCUUCGAGUGGUGCGUCGGGAUCUACUUCCCAUGCAUAAGCACGGUGAAAAGCCGCGUGGUGCCAGACAGUGUGAGGACUCUUGUCUACAGCCUGUAUCGGGUGCCGCAAAAUGCUUUCGCACUCGGCGUCCUGCUUCGUGUACCUUCACACAGCACUGCCCUGGUGGUGUGCGCGGUCGCACUUCUCCUGGUCGAGGCAGCUGUGUGCAGGCGAUCUCCACACGGGCAGCGUGAAGUAUAG